AAUGUUUUGGAGACUGUUUCAUAGAUCUCGAAUCUCCCCCAGACGUUUACAGUUACCUGGAUCACGUUUUCUGCUGGAUUUACGCGGAAUUUGGAUUCAGAUAUGAACUGGGUUCAACGCAAAAUCUACCUUUACAAUGUCACGUUCGGGCUCUACAUGCUUGAUUGGUGGGAACGAUACCUCUUCAAUGGUUUGGUGGUAGUCUUGAUGUGGUUCGUAGCUUACAACGGUACACGCUACUUUUCAGAACUCUUCAAAAGGCAUUUGACAUGAAAGCAGGCAGUGUUCCUGACACGGUAGAGCAUAGCCUGGAACCUCCCAAGGGCAUGCACUUUUAGUUUGAACGUAUACCUACAAAAACCUUUAUGCUGUUUCAUCUCCCUUUCCGGCAUCUCCUCUGAUUAUGUUUUCCUCCAAAGUUCAUUGUUAAUGUAUCAUUUUGUUCCUAUGUUUUGGAAUUGACAUAACUUAUUUAUUGAUGUAUAUCCAAUCACUUUGAGACAUGAGCAAACCAAUAUUACAAUGAUUGUGGUGUCUUUGGCUCUUUGUGACUA